AUGGUUGAUCAGCUCCAGGGAACAUGGAAAUCCAUUUCUUGUGAAAAUUUUGAAAAAUAUAUGAAAGAGCUGGGAAUAGGAAGAGCCAGCAGGAAACUUGCCUGUCUGGCAAAACCCAUAGUGACCAUCAGUACCCAGGAGGAUAUGAUCACUAUAAAAACCAAAAGCAUCUUUAAAAAUAAUGAGAUCUCCUUUAAACUGGGAGAAGAGUUUGAGGAAACCACACCAGGUGGCCAUAAGACCAAGAGUGUGGUAACUUUCGAUAAGGACUCUCUGAUUCAGGUUCAAGACUGGGAUGGCAAGGAGAACACCAUAAGGAGAAAGUUGGUGGAUGGGAAAAUGGUGGUGGAAAGUGCCGUGAACAAUGUUAUCUGCACUCGGACAUACGAGAGAGUACAAAAAAACUCAGUCUGA